CUCACCGCCCCGGGGAGCGGGAGGGGGCUCGCGAGAAGGUCGCGAGCUCGCAGACGGCCUGCGCCCGCCCGUGCGAGCCGGCCGGCCCGCCUUGGGGUGAGAAGGGAGCAGCUCUCUCCGCAGACCUCGCCAGAUGCGGCCAUUGUUAAGUCAGCCGGCUGUCAGCGCGCGAGGACCCCGGGGCACGAGCAACGCCCCCUCCCCGCCUGGCCUGUGCGCGGCCCCCACCGCAGGUGGAGGGGAGGCCGGGGCACCCGACCCCCGUGAGUCCUACAAGCGGCAGGCCCGGCCCCGCAGCAGUGGUCCAUUCUCCCUGCCCUUCCCCCUGGGUGCCGUCUUUUGACUUCUGGCGACCUACGACUCAUCCGUGUGUGCCAGGCUCUGAGGCCCUGCCCUGCCCGCCCUGUGGAGCCUACACCCUGGUUCUGGGCAGCACACAAGAGCAAGGCACUGAAUAAAUGCACGCAUUUCUGCAGGACGUGGUCCAAGGUGCUGGAAACUUCCUAGCAAGACAUUCGCCAGCCUUGGGCUGCUCAAGGCUGAACAGACUUUGCAGAGCCACUCUAGGGAGAGAAGGAAAAUGUGCUUCCCACUCCCUGACCCCUCUCCACGCCUUGGGCAAAAUUUCCCAGAGCCACCACGGUGUUCUUGGUCAGUGAAGGGAGGAGCAGGCAUCCAGGUGGCAGUCCCAGGCAGUUGAAAAUCCACAUAGGCAGGAGGGGUGAGGCUGGUCCCCGCUGGGUCUCCCUGCCUCACUUCCCCGGUACAGUCUACUGUCUACAAGUAACCACAUCAAUCCUCGUUCACUCUGACCUCACCUUUUCAAGUCCUUCCAGGGAAGUAGCCACAUUCCAAAAGCUACGAUAGGAGAAAGGAAAAUAAUAUGGAAAUCAGGGCAAGUCAACACGUUUGCCUCCUAUUGGUUAAUUAGGUUCCUUGGAGCAGAAAGAUCUUGGGACCUUAUGGCGCUGAGGUUCCUCCAGGGCAGCCCCACCAGGAUGUGAAACCUCCAAGCUGUGGUGUCAAGCUGACUUUCGUUCCAGUCCCAGCUCUGGCCAGCUCUGUGACCUUGGCCCUUCACCCAACCAUUCCAAGCCUCAGUUUCCUCAUCUAUAAAAGGAAACCAGGAAUCCUGCUCCCGGCAGCUAGCAGAGAUGCUAACCGGCCCUGGACAGCUGGGGAAAUUGAACCACAAGUAACGAUCGAGGUCCCCCAGCUCCUGACCGCCUUCUUGUCCCUUUUUUGCUCUGCCGUUUGCUAUUUAACGUGUGUACUGGACAGCUUAUGGAUUAGGGUGUCCUUGUCAUAGACAGAAAAGAACGAGCAGAGACUCCCGGUGGAGAAGGCCGUGUGAAGACAGAAGCAGAGAUUUGGAGCCAGGGGUCGCCUGGAGUCACCAGGAGCUAGAAGAGGCAGGAAAGAUCUUCCCCUGCAGUCUCUGGAGGGAGUGUAGCCGUGGGACACCUUGACUUUGGACCUCUGGUUGUGGGAGAACACUUCCGUCGUGUUAAGCCCCAAGCUGUUUGCUGUGGCCACUCCAGGACAGUCUUACAAGUCUCAUUUCCCCUCAUCCGUACUCCAGCUCAGUUUAAUCCAGCUCAGUGGAUAAUAAACCACUACUCUGUGGGAGCACACCCCACAAAGGGUUUGGGGGCCUCCAAGAAGAAUGACACCCAGCUCCUCGACUUUAAGGAACAGACGCCUGGACUCCUGUUCUGGAAGCCGAUGGCCGCCCAUCUGUGGGAGCUUUCUAUCAGCACACGGUUCCCUUCCCCAGGAAACAGCCAGGAGCCUCCUGGAGGCUAAAGUGGACGGUGCCCUGCCAGUCCCUCUGAAUGCUAGAAAUGCUGUCUCUUGGGGCUGGCCAUGCGGCUGUGGUUUUCUCAGCCAGCUGCUGCCCAGGGCUCCUUCCCUAAAACAGCCUCCAGCCCCAAGCUGUUUGGAGCUGGUCCCUUUCCCUGACUUCAGAUGGAAAGGUCAUCGUGGGCCCAGGGCCAUGCAAGUUUGUACGCGUUGGAACCAGAUUCUGACCUGAGUCAGUUGCCCAGAAUCUGCCCCUCCCGGAGGAAAGCGUAAAGAAGGCAGUUCUGCUUAUCCUGGACCUUGCACCAGGCUGAAACCCGACCUGCCUCCUCCAGAUCCCCCAUGCGUUUCCGAGAAGUACGAGCAGGGCUAAAGCGGAGGAACUGGAUUGCUUCCCAGUGCCAUCCCAAUCAAGGCUUCACCGCCUGGCUUGAAGUCUCAAGAUACAGAACACACCCAGACUCAAGUCGGGGUGACAAACACAUUUCAAAGGCAGGGACAGCUUUCCACGUGGACAUCUGUACAGAACUCUCAGAACCAUCCCUGGCUGUGAAAUACGGGACCUACCAGGGCCAGUGGGCCGGCGGCAUGCGCCAGGGCUACGGUGUGCGGCAGAGCGUCCCCUACGGCAUGGCGGCCGUCAUCCGCUCGCCCCUGAGGACGUCCAUCAACUCCCUGCGCAGCGAGCACACCAACGGCGCCGCGCUGCACCCCGACGCGUCCCCGGCGGCGGCCGGCAGCCCGGCCGUGUCCCGAGGGGGCUUCGUGCUCGUGGCGCACAGCGACUCCGACAGCCUCAAGAGCAAGAAGAAGGGGCUGUUCCGGCGCUCGCUGCUGAGCGGCCUGAAGCUGCGCAAGUCCGAGUCCAAGAGCAGCCUGGCCAGCCAGCGCAGCAAGCAGAGCUCAUUCCGCAGCGAGGCCGGCAUGAGCACCGUCAGCUCCACCGCCAGCGACAUCCACUCCACCAUCAGCCUGGGCGAGGGCGAGGCCGAGCUGGCGGUCAUCGAGGACGACAUCGACGCCACCACCACCGAGACCUACGUGGGCGAGUGGAAGAGCGACAAGCGCUCGGGCUUCGGGGUGAGCCAGCGCUCGGACGGGCUCAAGUACGAGGGCGAGUGGGCCGGCAACCGGCGGCACGGCUACGGCUGCAUGACGUUCCCCGACGGCACCAAGGAGGAGGGCAAGUACAAGCAGAACGUCCUCGUGAGCGGCAAGCGCAAGAACCUCAUCCCGCUGCGCGCCAGCAAGAUCCGCGAGAAGGUGGACCGGGCCGUGGAGGCCGCCGAGCGGGCCGCCACCAUCGCCAAGCAGAAGGCGGAGAUCGCGGCCUCCAGGACGUCGCACUCCCGGGCCAAGGCUGAGGCCGCCCUCACCGCAGCGCAGAAGGCCCAGGAGGAGGCGCGCGUUGCCAGGAUCACUGCCAAAGAGUUCUCCCCUUCCUUCCAGCACCGGGAAAACGGGCUCGAGUACCAGCGGCCGAAGCACCCGAUUUCCAGCAGUGACAUCGAGGUGGCCUCCACGGGGACGCCCCUGCAGCAGGAGAGCCCCGAGCUGUACCGCAAAGGCACCACCCCCUCGGACCUGACCCCCGACGACAGCCCCCUGCAGAGCUUCCCCGCCAGCCCCACGGCCACCCCGCCCCCGGCCCCUGCCUCACGGAACAAGGUUGCCCACUUCUCCCGGCAGGUCUCUGUGGACGAGGAGCGAGGCGGGGACAUCCAGAUGCUCCUGGAGGGCCGGGGAGGGGACUAUGCCCGCAACAGCUGGGGCGAGGAGAAGGCCGGCAGCUCCAGGGGCGUCCGCGGCGGCGCCCUCCGCAGCGGUCAGCCCGCAGACGACUUCCGCUCCCGGAGCUCGGGCCACAGGCAGCCCGGCAACCCCAAGUCCCGGGAGCGGCGGACGGAGUCGCCCCCCACCUUCUCCUGGACUUCCCACCACCACCGGACCGGCAACCCCGGCUCGGCGGGCGCCAAGCUGCUGGAGCUGGAGGAGGAGAAGCUGAGCAGCUACGAGACGGAGAUGAAACCACUGCGGCGGAUGGACUCGUGCGCGCAGGAGGCACACCCCCAGAAGAGGCGCUCCAGCCGGGGGGGCGCCUGCCGGGGCCUGGGCGAGGACCACCGCCCCGAGGAGCGGGGCUUCGGGGCGCAGAGGCUGCGGUCCAAGCCCCAGAGCAAGGACGGCGCCAGGCCGGCCUCGUGCACGGAGCCCGCGGUGCAGAGGCUGGAGAGCCUGCGGCUGGGAGAGCGGGCUGAGCCGCGGCUGCUGCGCUGGGACCUGGCCUUCUCCCCGCCCCAGAAGUCCUCCCCGGUAGCGCUGGAGUCGGACGGAGAGGACGGGGACGAGCUCAAACCCAGCACGGGCUCGGCCCCCAUCCUGGUGGCCAUGGUGAUCUUGCUCAACAUCGGAGUCGCCAUCUUGUUUAUUAACUUUUUCAUCUGAGGAGACGUCGCGUGAGCAAAAACAGUGGUCGAUGUACAAAAGGGGGACGUUAAAAAAAAAAAAAAAAAAAGAUGACAGAAAGGAAAGGAUCGUAACUGAGACGGCCGGACAACCACUUCUGAGACUUUUCACAGAACAAUGUGAUUGGGUAUUACUCACAGUUUGCCUUUUUUUCUGGGUAAUGUUUUUUGGAUUUUAGCCAAAAUUCUUUGCUUGUAUAACACGAUGCUGUGUGGCAUGGCAGAAGGAGGCCAGCACGCCGACCCUCCAGCUUGGUGUGGAAAGGAAAGGGACCCCGGCAAAUCAAUGGCCAAAAAACAAAACGGUCACCGUCCUCGCCGCCAUCACACUCCAUCUGGGACUGGAAAAGGAGGCGGCCGGAGGAAGACCCCAGCGUGUCCAGCUGUGCUGUGAGGCUGAAUGCGGGAAGUCUGUUACCUGCGCCGCUCCCCUGGGUCCUGGAAUAGCGGGUGACAAGUAGGGGUGUGCGGCGGGGAGGGGUGGGGGGGGGGGGAGUGGGCGCGCCUUCCCAGCAGGCAGCAGCCGCUUCCUGUUUUGAGUCUGUGCCGUGUACCUGAGGAAGCAGGGAUCUGCCGCCUCUCCCCAUGGAGUCUGAAAGCAAGGUCCUCCUUCCCCACUGUCUGCCCCCUCCCCCACCACUCCCCCCUUCGUCCCACACCCCCAGCAGCAGUGGUGCGGACGGGACAGAGGGCAGGGAGUGCCGUGGGGCCACCUAGCUGCCACGCCCGGCUCCGAGUCUGUGGCCUUUCUCCAGUUGGCAUGCAGGAUGUGUAUCCCGGCUCCCCUGUCCCUGUCAGACGUCCGUGGCAGUGACCUGGCCCGCGGCGACAUCAUUCCCUCUCGCGGUCACCGGGCACAUGGGUUUUCACGUCUUUGUCCUGUGCCGGCCUCCGCUUCCCCCACAGAUAUGCACACUCUUUCCAGAUGCCUCGUUCAUACUCCGGAGCUGGUCUGGGCCCAGGACAGGAAUGUGGGUGAAACCCAGUGGCUUCAAAACACCUGAGCACCCGCUGCUGCCCCCUCUCCCCCAAAAGACACAACUCUGCCUUCUCGACCAAUGUUGCACCAUCAUCCAAACGAGAGAACAAGGUUCCAGAAUGUGCGGGCGCCCCGUGGUCCUAGCGCUGGAGCCAGCCCCGGCCAGGGCGUAUGGACGUGUCUGUGGGGCACGGCCGCGUCCAUACCCUGGCCCCUGCGCUCACGCCCGGGACGGCCCCGACCGUGAGCUUCCACAGCCGUCCUGGGCACAGCCCGGCUAUGGACUCUGCCUUGCUUUGCUUAUGUUUAGCUGUUUCUCUGCUACCUUUCAAGCAGAUUUCUUUACUACACUGCACUGGAUUGCUAUAUUUUUAACCAGAAAUAAACUAAAGAUUAGAGCAUG